AUGUCUCUCGCAAAUCGAAUGAAACAAUAUGAAACCGCAUUCGACUUGACGCUACCUAUCUCGUCUCCGAUUGUUCUGCGCCUAGAUGGCCACUGCUUCUCGCACCUCACGGCCCAGACAUACUUUCGGCGACCCUUUGACCAGCGCAUCCACGAUGCCAUGAUUGCUACUUGCUCUGACUUUCUACUAAAAUUCUUCCCCGAUGCUACUGUCGCUUACACACAGUCUGACGAAAUCACGCUGGUGAUUCCGAGAGGUGAUAAGCUCUUUACCCAGCCGGUGCAGAAGCUCGCAUCUCUGGCCGCUGGUUAUUGUAGCGUGCGAUUUAAUGCGCACCUUGCAGCUGCGUUAACCCCAGAUCUCGGAGAUCAACUUCAAGGUGGGGCCGAGCUCCUGCUUGGUACCGUAUACUUUGACGCCCGGCUCUUUACUGUGCCGAGCAUCGAGGAAGCCCUGAGCUACUUGCUUUGGCGAUGCUCUGAUUAUGCAGUAACGAGCAGCAUCAAUGCGCUUGCGGGUACCUUAUUUAGUGAUAGCCAAAUACACAAUAGGACUUGCGAAGAGCUAGUAGAGAUGAUGCGUAAAGAGAAGAACGUCAUCUACGAGGAAGUCGUACCGAGAUGGGCAGUCGAGGGAUGCCUUGUGAAGAGAGAGUUAUAUCACCAUGAGCUCCCGGAUACUCCAAUAAGUCAGACGGGGAAUACAUCGGCGACGACUACUCGCACGAGUACAGAAGAGAGGGGCAUCAAAGAGUUCACUACAGACAACCUCAAAUUAAUAACAGAAGGUUAUUGGAAUGAUCUCGGCUCUUGUUCAGUUUCUAAGAGGGUAGUUCCUAUUAUCACUGAUAACAGCUCUAUUACCACUGCAAACGCAACUAUAUUCGGUCCCAACGUAUACGUAUUCGAUCCGAAGAUGCCUGCAGCUAGUAUCCAGGAUAAAGUAACAGACAUCUUCAAGCAGAUGGAAGCCAAUGAAUUUGGUACGGAGAGGUAUGCUCUUCUUUUUAAGCCAGGGGUCUACAACAUACUAUUUGAUAUAGGUUUCUAUACGCAGGUAGCUGGGCUUGGUAGGAAUCCAGAUGAUGUGUUGAUUGAAGGCGGUGCUAACGUGCCGGCCUACUGGAUGCCGAACCGUAACGCUACGUGUAACUUUUGGCGAGCAUUCGAGAAUUUUUCUAUUAACGCCUCGGCGGCCACUAAUAACACUACGACGAUUGCAGUGUCACAAGCUGCGCCGUUACGACGCAUGCAUGUGCGAAGCUCGAACGGUCUCUGGCUAUUCCAAGUCGACCCGAGCACGGGAGCAGGAGGUUGGGCUUCCGGAGGGUUUAUGGCCGAUUCAGUAGUCGACUACCAGGUGCUUCCCGGCUCGCAACAGCAAUGGCUAUCACGCAAUAAUAAAUACGGUAGCUGGGCUAACGCCGUGUGGAAUAUGGUAUUCGUCGGCGACUCCAGUGCACCUAGCCAAGAUAACUUCCCAACUUCCCCAUAUACUACCGUGGAUCGGACUCCUAUCAUGAGAGAGAAGCCUUUCCUUUAUAUCACAGUUCAGGGUCAAUAUGAAGUUUUUGUGCCUGCAUUACAGACCAACACGAAAGGGCCUAGCUGGACAGAUGGGUCUUCAACGGCUGGCGUGUCUAUCCCUAUUGACCAAUUCUACAUUGCUCAACCCUCCACGUCCAGUGCGGCAAGUAUCAACUCGGCAUUAGAUUCUGGGAAACACGUCAUCUUCGCACCGGGCAUCUACAAACUUGACCACGCCUUGCGAGUUUCCCGAGCGAACACCAUUGUCCUUGGGCUGGGUUUACCCUCGCUUAUUCCAACAUGCGGUCAACCAGCUCUAGCCGUUGCCGAUGUGGACGGUGUGACGCUCGCGGGUCUUAUAAUUGAUGCGGGCGAGAUUAGUUCACCAACUCUCGUCGAAGUCGGACCGUCGAAUAGCUCAGCCGAUCACGGGCCAAACCCGACGUUUCUCUAUGACUUGACAAUACGAACGGUCGGUCACACCAAAAACGAGGUUGGAAUCACCAUAAAUAGCUGCAAUGUAGUCGGUGACCAGCUUUGGCUGUGGCGGGCGGAUCACGGUGACGGUGCGGCCUGGAACGUUAACCCUACGAACAACGGUGUGGUGAUUAACGGCGACAACGUAACGAUAUAUGGUUUAUUUAACGAGCAUCACAAGGAAUUUCAGACAGUCUGGAACGGAAAUAAUGGCCGACUCUACUUUUACCAGUCUGAAAUCCCUUAUGACCCCCCUAACCAGGAGUCAUGGAUGAGCAAAGACGGGAAGGCCAACGGGUUCGCCUCGUAUAAGGUCGCCGACGGUGUGACGAACCACGAAGCUUGGGGGUUGGGCAUCUACUCGUAUUUUCGGGACUCUCCUACGAAGUUGGAGAACGCUAUUGAAGUUCCGGAUACCGAGGGUGUCAAAUUGCAUCAUAUGACUAUUGUGUGGUUAAAUGGAGUGUCUGGUAGCGAGAUUACUCACAUCGUCAACGGGGUUGGUGGCCGCGUCUAUGCAAACCAGCCGGAGUCUGCGAUGCGCCAAACCCUGAAUGAAUUUUCGGGCGGCAGCAAGUCAUAA